UAUGAAACUUUCAAAAUGGACGAAAGUUACCAUCUCGACAAUGGCCCAGGCUUGUGUAAGAUGAAGCGUGUGAUUGGUUACGCUCUUAACCAAUCAGCGACGACCUGUGCAGCAGUAAGAGCAAACGAUCCACGCAUUGAAGUGGAAACCGCCUUAGCGCUAGACCGAGCGCCUCGCAUUCAAACCUAUAUCGCGCUGAAGCGCAAACUGAAAUGCGACGACGAAUGGCUUUCAGAUUUUCUUCACAAUCAUGGAUUGGGGAUACUGUUUAAAAGUUUGGACAAGUCUAGAAGACAAAAGUGUGGGAGAUUUUACUGUGUGGUACUUCGAAUUGUGAUUAUUCAGUGCAUACGGGCAGUCAUGAGUUCUCAAACCAGCUUGGAUUAUAUUAUAGAGAACGAGGACUUUAUACGCAAGUUCUCCACAGGUUUGGAUACGGGCGACAUUUCAGUGAAGAAACAGAUCUUUGAACUUCUGUCGGCGAUAUGUGUGUAUUCCAAGGAAGGCUACGCACGCGCACUCGCAGUGUUCGAACAGUACAAGACGAGCAAGAAGAAACGAUACCGCUUCUCCCUGGUGUUGGACGAACUGACCCGCACGGACAAUGUCCACUACAAAGUCAUCCUGCUCGAGUUCAUCAACUGUGUCAUCAUCUACACAGAGGAUGUCGAAGACCGAAUCCGGGUCAGGAACGAAUUCUAUGGUCUCAAGCUACAAGACGUCCUAAAUUCGCUCAGGAAGGAGGAGGAACAUGGCGUUACGCUACAGCUGCAGCUGUUCGAGGAACACAAGGCAAAUGAUGAUGAACUUCAUCCUGCUGCCAAGAACGUGGAUCUCGGUAGCCCCAUGGACGUCUUCCACGCCAUCUACAAACAGGUAUGCUCAACGCCCCAAGAGUUGAACUUCCUCACAUGCCUGCAGCAUCUCCUGAAGAUAGAUCCAAACGAUCCAAUCAGUGACACUGUCUGGCAGAGUGUGGAGCAGUUGGUCUCCAAGGCAACGCUUAUAGAAAAUGCUUCAGAGGCUCAGAAACUUCUCGUGUCUACAUCCAGGAAGCUGGACAGAUCGGGGGACCCUAAGUGCUGUUGUUCCUGCCACAAGGAAGGUGGGGAUGGUGGACACGGAAACCCAAAACAGAGGCUUGGGAGGGGGUCAGCGCCAAGCACACCUGACGGGGAACGACCUCCUCUUGGGUCACCACUUGCUCCCCCUCCACCCCCACCUCCACCACCUCCUGCCUCCAUCCCUCCGCCUCCUCCACCCCCUCCGCCACCACCAGGAGGACCACCUCCUCCACCUCCACCCCCAGGAUGUCCUCCUCCUCCCCCACCUCCGGGAUGCGCACCCAAAGCACCGGUUUCUAACCUCCCACAGGUCAAUGUGCCCAAACCUAAGUCAAAGAUGAGGACGUUCCAAUGGCAUAAAAUCUCAAUGAACAAAGUGAUGGGCAAGAGUAACUUGUGGACAUUGGUUGGCAAACUGUUCAACAACUAUAAAAUGGACUAUCAUAAGAUGGACGAGUUGUUCAGCGUUGCACAGCCUCGACCAGCCGCCAGGCAGGACGGCCCAGGCACCCCAGAGAAGAAGAGGGAGAGUAGCGAGAUCACCCUUCUGGACGGUAAACGAAGUCUCAACGUCAACAUUUUCUUGAAGCAAUUCAAGAUGCCGAACGAAGAGAUAGUUCGUCUGCUGAGAGAAGGUAGCAGUGGCAAGUUCGGAGCUGAAAAAUUGAAGGGUCUGCAAAAGAUUCUCCCGCCAGUUGAUGAGAUUGAAGUCUUCCGAAGUUUCGAUGGUGAUAAGGAAAAGCUAGGAAAUGCUGAAAAGUUUUUCGUCUGCCUCCUAGGCUUGCCAAACUACAAACUCCGCAUCGACGGGAUGCUUAUUAAGGAAGAGUUUCACGCCAACAUGGAAUGGAUAGGGCCCUCUGUGGAAGCCAUCAUUGCUGCCGCUAAAGAGAUCAAAGAGAGCCGGUCCCUUCGUGAGCUGAUUUACCUGGUGUUGAUAGCUGGAAAUUACCUGAACGCUGGUAAUUAUGCCGGCAAUGCUGCAGGGUUUAAGCUGUCAUCACUGCUGAAGCUCACCGAGAUCAGAGCCAACAAACCUCGGAUGAAUCUACUCCACUAUGUAGCACAGGAAGCGGAAGAGAAGAACCCAAAGCUUCUGAACUUCCCCGAGGAGAUGACUUUCUUGAAGGAUGCUUCCAACACCGCUAUGGACAGUCUAAUGUCCGACAUCAACGGCAUCACUAACAAGGUCAAGGACAUAUCUGACCAGAUCAGCAAGACUGGCGAUGACUUCAAAUCCCAAAUGGCGUCUUUCCUGAUGGAAGCAAAUGAGGAGGUGCUGGAGCUGCAGGAAGACUUGAAGGACAUUGAUGCCCUCCGUCUGGAGUUGGCCGACUUCUUCUGUGAAGACGCAGGAAGCUUCAAACUAGAAGACAGCUUCAAGACUCUGCAGAUAUUCAGAGAUAGGUUCAAGAAGGCUAUCGAGGAGAACAGGUCGCGACGUAUACAGGAGGAGAAGGCUGAAGCCAGGAGAAAGCUGAAGGAGUCGGAGAACUCCAAGAAACUUGCUGAAAAACAAGGUGAAGGUUUGAAGGAACCAGGAGAUAUGUCGAUGGACCGAAGUUCCCCAACUAGUCCAGAGAACGGUUCCAUUGUGGAUAUGCUGUUGGCUGAUGUGAGGUCCGGGGUGACCAACAACAAGUUCAGUGAUGGAAGCUUCAGCGUGAAGAAGGUUCAAAAGGUGAACCUGGACCUUGCUAGUGGCCUAAUCAGUGGGCUUGGAGAUGCUGCUGCGGUGGCUGACAAUCCAUUUGUUCGGAAUGGGACUGGGAGGAGGAGCACGAGGAGAAGCAUGAGGAAGUCUGAGAAGCUGGAGGACAAGAGUCUGGACACAACGGACACUGAAAGUACCUGUAGUAGCCUUGAGGAUGCCAUUCCUGACAUCCAAAAAAACAGAUCCAGGAAGAGCUAUGCCACUGAGGAUGACGCUUCUCUCAUAGAAUUCCUGAACGAUAAUGUUGGUGAGGAUAAGAAAGGACCAGAUCUUUCGUUUGAUCGGUAUGGUAGCUUAAGGCGGAAGAGGAAGGAUAGAAAAGGAUUGUUGGACAUAAUAGACAGGGAAAGAGCACCUUCUCCUCGAGUGACAGAUCAGCAGAGUCGUGCUUCACCAGAUCCUAAUUCUGGGAAAGAGAUGAAGGUGGCAUCCGCUGAUCGCUCUUCUGAAUCAUCACUAGAUGAUGCUCCAGUGCGUCCAUUUAGAAGGACACGCAGCAUGUACGACAAGACGACAUCAAGGCGUUAUGGCAGCGAUAGUGACAGUGUUGCAUCUUCCUCAUCAGUAAAAGCUGACGACGAUGAGAAGGAUGACGUUCUUGAGAGGGUUAAACGAAAAUUGUACUCAAAAGGUAAAAGUGACGGCCCUGAAGCAACUAAAACGCCUCCUCCAUCAGAUGAUGUUGAAAAGAGGGUGAGGAAGCUUCCAGACACUCCCAAGAAGCUUGAUAUUCCAAUAAAUUCUGGGCCAGAUUCUCCCAAAUCAGCUAAUAGGUGGAGGGUUAAUAUUUCUGGUGCCGAAUCUCCUCGAGCUCUCCAGACCAUUGAUGAAAAAUCCAAACUUGAGACUCCUGUGAUCGGUGUGGGUAAAGAUACCAGCAUCAACGGAGAUACUAGUUCUGAUAUUAUUGGACUUGAAAAUAAUAAUAAUAAUACUGACUCAAAUCAGAAAAUCGUGAAAAGCCGCGAAAGACUUUUUAAGCGUUUCCAGAGCAGUUUAGAUCCUGCUGAAUUAGACAUAUUCUUAAAGUCUUUCAAAGAGAAUGAGAAAAGAUCUCGUGAUGAUUCUGAUUUAACUUCUGGGAAAUUGUCUAUCCGUGCUCAGAUCAGUCAGAAAAUGGGCACAGAUAUCGAUCAUGUUUUGAAGAAGAUUGAAGACACUGACCGAACUAUAGACAGUGUUGGUGUUUCCCGGCCGAUGCAAAAGAGGCCUGUAAGUGCUGGACCUGAACUUAUGUCGAAAGAAAGUGACAGGUCUUCCACUCCCAAUUCUGAAAUCGUUCUCAAAGCCAAAAGAGAAACUCGAAAGAAACGGGCUCAUGUUUCUCUCGAUGAAGUACAGAGUGCCUUAAAACAGAAGAUGCCAGAGCCAGAUACAAAGCCACAUUCAUCAACAGAAGGGCCAGAUCCUUCCAAAAGUCCUAUCAUUCCCCCCAGAAGGAAGUCCACCGGAGAAGCUGAUGACAGCAAGGUGAGCCCCGACAGAGAAAAGUCUGGGAAGCUGACUGGGAAGCAAAAGUUCAAUAGAGACCGGUUCGGUUCAAAGAAAGCUGAAAGUGAUUCAGUCAGUAGCAGAUGCAAGAGCAAUGUGGAGAAGGAUUCAGUGGACAAGGCCCUCAAGGAGCUGGAAGUGGGGAUGAGCCGGUCUAAAAGCUAUGAUGAAUCUGUGGCAAGGAACGCGAUGAAUGAAAAGGAUGAGUUUACGAUGAGAAAUAGUGGUAGUGCCCCUGAUACCACUGACGAGAAACGUGCAAUACUCAGAGGGAGUGCUAGUCGACUGUCUAUGGAUCCUCGUCGGCAUGGUGUGUAUGUUCCUAGCGAUGACAGUGACAAUGAAAUGAUGAAAAUACCAGAACGACGUCCUUCAUCCGCUAAGAGCGACAGCCCGAAAAGUCAGAGUCGUCUCUCAAUCAAAUCUACCAACACUUCCACUGAAACUCUGCAAGCUGAAAACCUAAGUGAUGGUGACUCCUCCCCAGAACAGAGGAGAAGAAGUGUGGGUCUGGAAGAAAAGACCCAAAGAGUUUCCCCGAUACGUCAAGGUAACUCAGAGACAGAUUACAACUCAAGUGUCGAGCAGUCUGUAGCUCGUCUUAACGUUAGGAAUCGCCAGUUCGAUGAUGACGAUGAAAGUCCUUUAUUAGCCAUUACCAAAUGGCGUCAGAAGCGAAACGAUAAGAGAAGGAUCAGUGGUUAUGAAAAUGUCGCUGACCAUGAGGGACAUCUAAUGCCUCAUAAUCGUUUACAUCAUGACCACGACCAGGAUCUCAAGACCGAAGUUGGUUCAAGAAGCAGCUAUGCCAGUAGUUACGCCAGUAGCAAUGAACGUGACGAAGGCUUUGAAAGCAUGUCAGGAACUGUCUCACAAAGAACGUCUCUUAGUAGCAAUGUAGACUCUGAAUUCCUAAGCACACCGAUUCUCUCAAGGAAAGCCGACUCCUACCGAUACAGGCCUGCCAACAGCGACCUAAUAGCCAAUGUAGCCCUACCUGAAGAGGACAGUCGCAAGCAGAGGACGGAGAGCUGGACUGCGUCCGUCAUGGCCAGCAGUCAAGGACAGAACAGCAAGAACUCCUCUCUGGAUUCAUCGGUAGACUAUUCAGCAACAUCUCCAGAUAGUGGUCAUGGCACUUCAAAGGAAGAUGUCUGGAGUGAUAAAGAGUCUAAAUUGGCCAGCAAAACAACAACAACAACAACAACAACACCGAAAAGAGCAGCUUCUCCAAAGACCUCCAGACCAUCUACGCCUAAAGAUACACCUAAGUCCCAAACAAAGGCAAAGACGGGUCGCUCAGUUCCUGGUUUCAUGAAAGGCACAGCUAGCGCCUCGGCUAGAGUUAGAGCAGAUUCCACUGGCACUGAUAGCGGCAGGGCUUCACCAUCGCCUAGUCCCCUCAGUCGCAAUAUCUCUGCACGAGCAUCGAUGCGGGCAGAAGCAGCUACACGUGCAUCUGCUUCCGCAUCCUUUACCAGAAAUACAGCGGCAAGGACCUCCAUCCGUGGGACAAAGUCUCGUGCCUCCACCGGCUCCCCUGUUACAAAUCUGAACAAAUCUAAGGUGGGAGGUUCCAACACAAGCUUGUCUUCAUCGACCUCUACAGCCAGUUCCCCAACAAAGACCAGGCUGAACAACACAUUGUCUCCAUCCUCCCGACCCACAACCCCAGCAGCUAGCUCCAGACCUACUACUCCUUCCACUCUCAACAGGACCCAGUCUAUGAGGGUCUCGUCGUCGAAGAGGAGUUCUUUAUUGGGGCCAACCUCAGCUGAACCCAAGAGAAGCUCAACUCCCGUGACAUCUGAAGGAAAGAAGAAACCCUCCUUCAUGUCACCUACUGCUUCAUCCAAGGCGCAGAAAAGCACAGACUCCGCCUCACCAUCCGUUCCUCCCAGGACCAAAAGACACGCCCCUCCACCUCCAUCAGCAUCAUCGGGGCGGGCCAUGUCUCCAGCAACAACUUCACCCCUCUCUCGGACCUCCAGUCUGAGGCUCCCGUCUUCCAGGUCGUCCACGCCCAAGCCAUCUCACACUGAAACUCCGGUGACAAAUAGGGAGAAGACCCAAUCGGAGAAGAAAGGAAGACCUUUCCUCAACAAAAUCGGAGGUGUGAAAAAGUCUGAAUCUCCAGACAAAAAUAACAUGAACAAUUCUCUUUCGACUGUAACGGAAACCGAUUCAGAAGGAAGUUCUAUGGACAAAUCCCCGUCCUUCUUGAAAAGAAUGGGACUCAAUAAACCGAAGGAGCGCCUCUCCAUGAGAGGAACGUCCUCCACAAAAACAGAUUCCCCUGAAAAGGCGUCAGUACGAAGGAAAGCCGUGAAAUAAGGCUUAAAUAAUGACUGAGAGACUUCCCCUGACGUCAGAUCCUGGCGCAUAUUAUUUAUGUGAUAACUGCGGCUGUGUACUCGAGUCUACAACUGAUGGACUCUAGAGAUUGGGCUGGCCCAGUUCCUAUUGGUCUCAAUGUUUCUCGUGGUCUCACACCAUACAUGGCGAGGUGGCGUGUCAUUGGUGGAGCAAUGUCACUUGAUUCUGUGAUAAGAGAAGUUGAACCAGUGCGUGACAUGCGCGUGACGUUGGUGGUCCUAGCCGCAAGUGCGACGGACACACAGACAGACUAACAGAGGGACGAGACAGGACGAGAGGUGGGACGAGAGGUGGGAGGGUGACCUAGCCACCGGUUCCAUACCCGGUGCUAAAAAAUUAUAUAGUCCUUCGCAGAGCCCUUAUGUCUCGGCUAAUGUAUUCAAUUAGCAAAAUAUGUAAAUAGUGUACAUUGAGUUGAUAGAGAACACGACUUGACACAAUGCAACGAAAUUCUUCCAGCUGAUGACAGCACGUGCUUCUUGCCACGGAAACGACAACGUGCACGACGGGUGUUGUAGUAGCGUAGAUCUGCGACGAUACGACGACGACAUCCGAGGUUGAUAAACGGGUACAAAACGGAACGCCGCAUUUAUUUAUGUCUGAUAAACAUUGAAAACUACAGUAGAUAUAGCGUGUGCUUACCGACGCCGCCUGAUGCGAGAGUUCUUAUACAGAAGUUCAAAUUACCUCGACAGUGACACUAUGACCCAUAAUGAAUGCAUUUGAUAGAUGAAGAAAAUGACUUCCUGAUGUACUUGAUAUUAGUGUGAUGAACAUUUAUAGGUAUCGUCUUUUCAUUCAGAAAUGUAAGUUGUAUGGCUUGGAUGGUGCAAAUACGGAAUAAGUUAACCAACAUGCCUUAUUAUGCCUGCUUACAAACGUCCAAUGACGUAUUCCACAAUAGUGCCUUAAAAUAAUCCUACAAUCAUAGCGUGAGUAAACAACUCAUAAGUCUUUCAAAAUGUCAUCAUAUGUCGCAUACAUAUAUAUCUAGAUGUAUAUUAUUUAAUUUCAUACAAUGUACAAAUAUGACUAUGCAUGUUUUGUGCCUAUAUCAGUUAUCAGUGGAAAUUGUAUAUUUCUUACUGCGACUUUCGUUGGUGUAAACUUGAGUGGCAGCUCGUCAUUGGAUAGUUUUGAUACAGAUGAGGACUCCUUGUAACUUGUAUAUUCCAAAGUGCUGAACAUGGAGUCACGUCCGACCCUGCGUGUGUUGCGGCGCGUUAUUAGUUGUAUACUGUCAUCUUCCCGAGGCAAGGGAGUUAACUGACUAUAAAGGUCCAGUUUCAACCCUUGCCGAACUAGGCUGGUAUUAUGGACUUACAUUUUGGCUGGAUUAACGAGGCUAUGCAUAGUCCAAUCAAAAUCGUGCAACGAAAUCGAAACCCGGUCAGUAAAUUGUCGUGUAGAUUUCGGUCGAUUGCAGGAUUUGAAAAGCAUGUACACCGCCAACUCGUUGUCAACAAAUAUUUUCAAAAUCUUUUAAUGUUUCUAAUCAAGGUGUUCAUCAAUUUUUGAUGCACUUCGCGAUGUUACACCCGUUUUAUUACACUAUAAAACUUGAUUAUCGAUCAGAUCGUCUUGACUGGACGCCGCCAUUUUGUUUGAUAGAAAUGCAAGUGAUACGAGAGGUGGAAUCUGAUUGGUCCAUUGGAGAGGCCCAGAAGGUCCAUGACUCGUAAUAAAAGCCUAGUUCGGCAAGGGUGGAAACUGGACUUUUACAGUCAGUUAACUCCCUUGCUUCAGGAAGAUGUAUACUGUAGAUAGAGGAAGAGACGACUCACUUAUAUUCCUUGUUUAAUACUGAGCACACAUCGCGAUGUGGACAUCCACAACCUGUAUCAUAUGUUGUUAUAUUUUGUUAAUAAACCAAUCCCUUCAUCUGAAAAUAAAA